AUCAAAUUCUUCAGUGAAAAGUUUAACCCUAAAUGUAACUCGGUGUGAGAGCUGAGUGUGUUUGUGAACAGACCUUGAACAAAGAGUUCUGUUGGCCGACAGAGAGGCAGAGGAGAGGGCUGGGUUUGCUCUCCAGACUGCAAACGAUCCGACAGGACCGGGAUCGGAGGCAAACAAGGCAGCAGCAGGCUCGUGACUGACCACGGCCAGGGUUGAAUAGGAGGUGUGGGGUCCCAGUCCCGAGUGUAUGCCUGUGCACAGCUAUGGGGAAGGACUACUACAAGACCCUGGGCAUCCCCAAGGGUUCCAAUGAGGAGGAGAUCAAGAAGGCCUACCGACGCAUGGCGCUCCGCUUCCACCCUGACAAGAACAAGGACGCCAACGCAGAGGAGAAGUUCAAGGAAAUUGCAGAGGCCUACGAGGUUCUCAGCGACCCCAAGAAGAGGGUCGUCUAUGAUCAGCUGGGAGAGGAAGGUUUGAAGACAGGAGGCAGCAGCUCUUCAGGUGCUCCUGGCAGCUCGACGUACCACUACACCUUCCACGGAGACCCCCAUGCCACCUUUGCCUCCUUCUUUGGCGGCUCCAACCCCUUCGACAUGUUUUUUGGCUCCAACCGCAGCCACAACCGCUCCAAUGGUUUCUCCUUCCACAACGAUCACAGCAAUGACGCCGAGCAGGACAUGGACAUGGAUGAGGAUGACCCCUUCGCUCACUUCGGAAGACAGUUUGGCUUUCCGGGCGGGAUGAACAACGGCUUCCCGGGAGAGGGCCGCAGGAGGAGGGGGGUGCCGUCGGAGCGCCUGGGGACUGGCCGAAAGCAGCAAGACCCUCCGGUGGUCCACGAGCUUAAGGUCUCGCUGGAAGAGAUCUUCCACGGCUGCACCAAGCGCAUGAAGAUCACCCGCCGCAGGCUGAACCCGGACGGGCGGAGCAUGCGGACGGAGGACAAGAUCCUCAACAUUGUCAUCAAGAAGGGCUGGAAGGAAGGGACCAAGAUCACCUUCCCUAAGGAGGGGGAUGAGACCCCUGAGAACAUUCCUGCCGACAUAGCCUUUGUACUUAAAGACAAAGGGCACAUCCACUUCAAGAGAGACGGUUCCAAUAUCAUUUAUAACUGCAAGAUCAGUCUGAAAGAGGCGUUGUGUGGCUGCACAGUUAGCAUUCCCACGCUGGAAAACCGUGUCAUCUCUCUUCCCUGUCAUGACAUCAUCAAGCCAGGGACGGUGAAGCGACUCAGAGGGGAAGGCCUGCCAUUCCCCAAGAACCCGUCACAGCGCGGUGAUCUCAUCGUGGAGUUUUCGGUCCGUUUUCCCGACAGGAUCCCCCCUCAGUCCAGAGAGAUUAUCAGACAACACCUGCCACAGUCAUAGGUAGACUCACCUCCAGCCCCUCCACCACCACACACUCCAGACUAAACCCUGAAAAAGAACCCUUAAUAAUCCAUCAUCAACUCCUACCUUAUAUUUUGACCCUUAUUGUAAUUAACCUUCCCAUGUCCUGUGUUAAUGCCCACAGUUUUAAACAGACACUGUGUUUUGUAGGGACGUCACAGUGGGAGGAGGAAGGAAGAAUGCCUACACAAAUGGCAUUAUCAGGAUGAAAUUAUUUGUGUUUGUUUUGUCUUUUGGCCCAAGCACAUACACAAGCAUCCGAGCAGUGGAGCGGUGCUGAGGAUGGGCUCAGCACAAUUGUGGCUUUGACCGGAACUUCUUUUCUUAACUCUGUUUUUUACGGAUUUAUCAGUGGUUUUAUAUGCUGUCCAACUCUCUGAUCCUCGUCUUUUUGUGAUAGGAUGAAGUGUGAGAUAUUUUUUAAAAAGAAACAUUUUUUCCAGGAUUUCCUUUUCCAAAGGAGGUUUCAAAUAGGAUUAUUUAUUUUUACCUUGAGUGUACCAGCAGCUUCAGUGUGUUCAGUGCAAACCCUAGUUUUAACACAACUCUCCCACUGCCACCUGCUUUUCUCAUGCUUUCAGUCUAAUAAAGCAUUGUGCUUGAAGUCUGUAGGCCGUUUACCUUUUAGUAUGAUCUGUCUCCCCCAUAAUCUGUUGUAUUUUGUGCCACAAUGCACUUAAAAGUCCUGCAUUACUCCAAACAGUAAUAGCAUAUCUCAGCUGCAUUGGAAAAUCUGAGAAUGACAAUCACAUACUGUAACAGCAGUGUUGGAUAAUACAAUCUGCACAUAAUAUGGGUGCUUCCCCAUCUGAGCUGUGUGGCUGCUCUGAACUGAAUAGCCUGGCUCGAUAUCUGAGGAACAUUUAGGUGCCUUAGCCCGGUGUCAUACCACAUAUGUAAACAAACACACACACAAACACACACACAUAAUCACACACGCACGCACACGCAGAUGCACAUGCACAUAUAUACAACCAGCCAUGUUAAGUGCACAAUAGACGAUGCCCUAUGCUCUGUUAGACGGGACCAUUGGGACAUUGGGAGCUGGUAAUCUUGGAAAAAGAUGAAGUAAGCAAUGUAAAAUCAACCAACACAUGGUACUGUAUGGAAGCAAGGACAUAUAUUUUUAGGGAGAGAUCUGAUACAAGACUGAAGAAUUUUGCCAAUACAUCCCUGUAAAGUGCCAUACAAGUACAGGUUUGAUUUCCCAGAGGAAUGUAAGCAUGAAGUUAAGCUGAAGUAGUUGACAUUCCUCUGGGAAACCCAGCUCUGUUGUGUGUAUAUAUAUAUACUGCUUUCUCUUGUGCCAUCUGAAGGCCGUGUCUUGGUGCUACUGUGAGCAGUGCCAAAAAUAGACCACCGUGGUGUCUACUUUUUGGUUUAAUGGAGUCCUCAGUUUGUGAUUUGAUAACUGCUUCUGUUCUCUGUAACAUCUUUACAUCCAACGUUACGUCUGGUUUUUUCAAGUAGAAAACCCUGUUUAGGAAACAGGUUUUGUGAUAUUGCAGCAGCUGUUCUCUGUCUCAGCUGCAGGGGGCUCUGAAAACUUGCUUCAGCUCUUCCUCCUGUAGUUUACAGCAAUGAUAAGAUGUAUGUAUGAGUAUGGUUUAUGUAGACAGCCCUAGUAGGUCAUAUAUAUCAUGUGUAUGGGAAAAUGUUUGAAUGCAACAUGUUUAAAAAUGCACUUUUUAUGUCAUUAAAGAUACUGACAAAAAACUAUGAGAUGAUGAGAGACUUGAAUGAUGUGUCUGAGUGUGUGAGCGUCCUGCCUCUCAGAGCCUUAGAGGAUGCUGGACUGUGGCUACAACCAGAAUGCACAUGUGUUGCUGCUGAAAGACUCACUGUCACUGCUUAUGUGCAUUUGACAAUAUUUAUGAUCUUUUCAAAAUUGGAGAUAAAUAAACCAAAUGU